AUGAGCCGCCCCCCCCAGGGCGCCCCCGCCCCGCCGCUCCAGCAGGAGGUCUCCGCCGCCGCCUUCCCCGGGGCGGAGCAGGAGGGGCCGGGCGCGACGUCUCCCGCGGCCUUCAGCGAGCGCCCGGCGGUGGCUGCUGAGGAGGAGACGGACCUGAGCAAGGCGCUGCGCGUGGAGCGCUUCGAGGACCUCCUGCAGAACUCGCACUCGCGCCCCGUGGAGGAGGCCGGCCGCAGCUACAGCGAGGAGGACUUCGAGUACCACCGCCAGUCCUCCCGCCACAUCCACCACCCGCUCUCCGCUCACCUGCCCUCCGACGCCCGGCGGAAGAAGGGGAAGAAGCCCCCGCUGCAGCCCCGCGGAGGAGGAGCGCCCGGGCCGGGGGAGACUCCCCCCAUCGCAGAGGCUGAGGAGGAGGAAGAGGAGGAGGAGGAGGAAGGCGAGGAGGAGGGGGAGGAGGAGGCGCCAGGCGUGCAGGUGGGCGGCGCAGGAGGGGGUGGGGCGCGGGUGGGGGCGGGGUCCAGGGGCCUCUUGUCGCUGACCCCCCUUCCCCCUCAGUUCUUCCUACAGGAGGAGGAUGCAGCCCCGGAGAGCCAGAGCCAGGGACCCUCCGCCCCACAGCCGCUCCUCGGCUCCUCCGCCCCCUCAGGGGGCUCCUCUGCGGCUGCCAGGAGGGCAAAGGGCGGCAGCUCUCAGGGGGAGGAGCACAGCGUCCUGGAGGGGGCAGGGGCGGCCGAGGGGGGCUCUCCGGGGCGACCCCUCUGCAAGCCGCAGCCCGGCCACCGGAGCUACAACCUGAACGAGCGCAGGUGCAUCGGCAGCAUGACGGGGGUGGAGCAGGCCCGCUACCAGAAGGUGCCCACCGACGAGUCCGAGGCCCAGACGCUGGCCUCCGCAGACCUGGACUACAUGAAGAGCCACCGCUUUGAGGACGUCCCUGGCAUGCGGCGGCACCUCUUCCGCAAGAGCACCAAGGGGCAAGUGGUACACCUGGGCAAGGAGCACAAGGAGCCUGCCAGCACCCGCCAGCGCAAGCAGCACCGGCAGCCCCACGAGGUCUUUGUGGAGCUGAACGAGCUGAUUGUGGACAAGAACCAGGAGAUGCAGUGGAAAGAGACGGCCCGCUGGAUCAAGUUUGAAGAGGAUGUGGAGGAGGAGACGGACCGCUGGGGCAAGCCACACGUGGCCUCCCUCUCCUUCCGCAGCCUGCUGGAGCUGCGCAGAACCCUCUCGCAUGGAGCCGUCCUUCUCGACCUGGACCAGAAGACGCUGCCAGGGGUGGCCCACCAGGUGGUGGAACAGAUGAUCAUCUCCGACCAGAUCCGGGCCGAGGACCGGGCCAACGUGCUGCGUGCUCUGCUCCUCAAGCACAGCCACCCCUCGGACGAGAAGGAGUUCUCCUUCCCCCGCAACAUCUCGGCCGGCUCCCUGGGCUCGCUGCUGGGCCAUCACCACAGUGCCAACCACAUGGGGGAGGGCCCGGAAGUCACCGACCCCCUCAUUGGAGGGCACGCUGGGGAGCACGAGACCCGGGUGGACAUCGACAGAGAGAGGGAGGUCUCGUCCCCCACGCUCCCCGGCAGCAUCACCCGGUCCAAAUCGAAGCACGAACUGAAGCUCUUGGAGAAGAUCCCGGACAACGCAGAGGCCACGGUGGUGCUUGUGGGCUGUGUGGAGUUCCUGGAGCAGCCCACCAUGGCCUUUGUGCGGCUGCAGGAGGCGGCCCAGCUGGACGCGGUGCUGGAGGUGCCCAUCCCGGUGCGCUUCCUCUUUGUGCUCCUGGGCCCCGGCAGCACCAACAUGGACUACCACGAGAUCGGCCGCUCCAUCUCCACCCUCAUGUCGGACAAGCAAUUCCACGAGGCAGCCUACCUGGCGGACGACCGGCAUGACCUCCUCGGCGCCAUCAACGAGUUCCUGGACUGCAGCGUGGUCCUGCCGCCCUCCGAGGUGCAGGGGGAGGAGCUGCUCCGGAGCGUGGCCCACUUCCAGCGCGAGAUGCUGCGGCGGAGGGAGGAGCAGGAGCAGCGCUUGCUUCUGGGGUCAGCUCUGGAACCGAAAUCCCCCGAAGAGAAAGCCCUGCUGAAGCUGAAGGUGGUGGAGGAGGAGGAAGAGGACGACCCUCUCCGGCGCACCGGCCGGCCCUUUGGGGGUCUCAUCCGGGAUGUCCGGCGCCGCUACCCCAAGUACCUGAGCGACUUCCGGGACGCCCUGGACCCCCAGUGCUUGGCUGCCGUCAUCUUCAUCUACUUUGCAGCGCUCUCGCCCGCCAUCACCUUUGGAGGCCUGCUGGGCGAGAAGACUCAGGGGCUGAUCGGGGUCUCCGAGCUGAUCGUCUCCACCUCUGUGCAGGGGGUGGCCUUCUGCUUGCUGGGGGCUCAGCCCCUCCUCAUCAUUGGCUUCUCGGGGCCCCUCCUGGUGUUUGAGGAGGCCUUUUUCACAUUCUGCAGGUCCCAUGAGCUGGACUACUUGGUGGGCCGCGUCUGGAUCGGCUUCUGGCUGGUCCUCAUUGUGCUGGUGAUGGUGGCCGCCGAGGGCAGCUUCCUGGUGCGCUUCGUCUCCCGCUUCACCCAGGAGAUCUUUGCCUUCCUCAUCUCCCUCAUCUUCAUCUACGAGACCUUUUUCAAGCUGAUCAAGAUCUUCCAGGAGCACCCUCUCCAUGGCUGCAACAAGGCCAACAGCACUGCGACAGGCCAGGAGGAGGACAGGCCCAUGGUUGUGGGGAAUGAGACGGCCAGCCGUGCCGCUGCUUCCAAAGUGACGGGGCAGCCCAACACUGCGCUGCUCUCGCUGGUCCUCAUGGCCGGCACCUUCUUCAUCGCCUUCUUCCUGCGCAAGUUCAAGAACAGCCGCUUCUUCCCAGGACGGGUUCGCCGGGUGAUCGGUGACUUUGGGGUCCCCAUUGCCAUCCUCCUCAUGGUGUUGGUGGACUACAGCAUCGAGGACACCUACACACAGAAGCUUUCGGUGCCGCGGGGCUUCUCCGUCACAGACCCCGAGCAGCGGAGCUGGGUGAUCAACCCCCUUGGGAGGGGGCGCCCCUUCCCCGUCUGGAUGAUGGUGGCCAGCGCCCUCCCCGCCCUCCUGGUCUUCAUCCUCAUCUUCAUGGAGACGCAGAUCACCACGCUGAUCAUCAGCAAGAAAGAGCGGAAGCUGCAGAAGGGCUCCGGCUUCCACCUGGACCUCCUGCUCAUUGUGGCCAUGGGGGGCUUCUGUGCCCUCUUUGGGCUGCCCUGGCUGGCAGCAGCCACGGUGCGCUCCGUCACCCACGCCAAUGCCCUCACCGUCAUGAGCAAGGCCGUGGCCCCCGGGGACAAGCCCAAGAUCCAGGAGGUGAAAGAGCAGCGCGUCACCGGCCUCCUGGUGGCUCUUCUCGUGGGCCUGUCCAUCGUGAUUGGGGACCUGCUGCGCAAGAUCCCGCUGGCUGUGCUCUUCGGGAUCUUCCUCUACAUGGGCGUCACCUCCCUGAACGGGAUCCAGUUCUACGAGCGCCUCCACCUGCUGCUCAUGCCUCCCAAGCACCACCCUGAUGUGCCCUAUGUCAAGAAGGUGCGGACGAUGAGGAUGCAUCUCUUCACGGGCUUACAGCUGGCCUGCCUGGCUGUGCUGUGGGCCGUCAUGUCCACAGUGGCCUCCCUGGCCUUCCCCUUCAUCCUCAUCCUCACAGUGCCCCUUCGCAUGUGCCUGCUCAGCCGCAUCUUCACAGAACGGGAGAUGAAAUGUCUGGAUGCCAAUGAAGCGGAGCCCAUCCUGGACGAGAGAGAAGGCGUGGACGAAUACAAUGAGAUGCCCAUGCCAGUGUGAGGAGGGGGCCCGGAAGGCUCCAAGAAGAGCAGUGCUCCACCUCACCCAGCGCAGGGAGGAACAGCACCCCCCCCCCGGGAGCACCUCUGUGCCUUCUUCGGUCUGUCAUCUGGGGGGGGGCAGGGCUCUUGCCACGGCUGCAGCUACAGACCUCCCCCCUCCUAGACCCCGGAGGCUGCUGGGUGGGCGGAGCGCAGCCACCCUCGGCUUCCUGGAGGGGGGGGGCUCCCGCAUCUUCCAAGACGAAUCAGCAGCUCCCUGCAGACUACGAUUUUAUUUAAGAGAUUAAUUUAAAACUUCAAUAAACAGCUUUAUUAUAA